AUGCGUGCGGUUACAGCUCUGAGGCGGCCGGGGUUGACGCUGCAGUGCCCGGGAGAGAAGAAACGCUCCAGCGAGGAGGUCAUCGGAGGGAGAGAGGUGGCCCCUCACUCCAGGCCGUUCAUGGCCUCGCUGCAGUACCACGGGGAGCACGUGUGCGGGGGGGUCCUGAUCCACCCGCAGUGGGUGCUGACCGCGGCCCACUGCCACCACCGCCCGGUGACCUCUCUACCCUCUCUGAAGCUCAUUCCGUUCUCGGGAUUCACCUCGGACCCCGAGUCGCAUGACAUCAUGCUGGUGAAGCUUCACGCGCCCGCGAAGCUCAACAAGCAGGUCCAGCUGCUCCAGCCGCGCCCCCGGGACGACCUCAGAGCGGGAACGAAAUGCCGGGUCACCGGCUGGGGCGCCACCGACCCAGACGUUCUGAGCCCCUCGGACACCCUGCGGGAAGUCACCGUGACCGUCAUCAGCCGCAAGCUCUGCAACAGCCCGAGUUACUACAACCACCAGCCCGUCAUCACGAAAGGCCUGGUGUGCGCCGGCGACGCCCAGGGCCAGAAGGACUCCUGCCAGGGCGAUUCCGGGGGCCCCCUGGUCUGCGGAGGCGCCUUCUCCGGCCUGGUCUCUGGAGGCCUUAAGUGCGGCGACGCCAAGAAGCCCGGGGUCUACACCCUCCUCACCCGGAAGGUCCAGGCCUGGAUCCGACGCAAGCUCCCCCGCCCUCCUGCAGAAUGAGGCUGCGCCUCGUGCCUCGGGCCGCCUGCUGCUUGUUUCUGUGUCUGUUUUUCCCCCCAGAAUAUGUUCUA